GAUAUGCCUAAGUGGUAUUUCAGGCGUUACAGCAGCCGGUACAAGUUCAGCCAUUGCGACAGAAAAUGACUUCUGUAACCAAUUCUAUAUGGAAUUCGCAUUCCCAAAAGGUAUAAAUGCAGCCCGCCAAAUUUGAAACUAUGAUUUUAGUUUGUAAUGCCAGAUCCUCCUCGUCUAUUCUUCUUCGAUUACUACCAUCCAUUAGAAGACACAUUUCUUCCACUCAACAAAAGCUCUCGUCUCCCCAGCUUCAAACCAGCAUCUAUAAAUGGAAUUCCAUUCUCAAAUCUGAAUCUCCUCCUUCUCCUCUCACUGUAUUCAAACAAAUUUUGCAGCUGAGCAUCAAGCCAAACGACCUCACCUUCUCUUUACUUCUCACCAACACUUGUUCGUCGUAUUCAGAAGCACAACAGAUUCAUACUCACCUUAUCAAAUGUGGGUUUCAUCGAUUUGUUGUCGUGGGUACAGCUUUGCUUAAUUUGUAUGCAAGAUAUGGGUAUGUUUUUUUUGCUGAUCAGGUGUUUGAAGAUAUGCCUAACAGAGAUGUUGUGUCGUGGAAUGCUUUAAUAUGUGGAUAUUCAUAUAAUGGGUAUGAUUCGGAUGCUUUCGAAUUAUUUUGUGAAAUGUUGAUACAAGAUUUUGAACCUUGUCGGGUGACGUUAGUUACUGUUAUACCGUCGUGUACACGAUCAGGAUUACUGUUCUGUGGAAAAUCUAUUCAUGGUUUAGGAGUUAAGGUUGGUCUUGAUGUCGAUUCACGGGUUCAGAAUUCGCUCGUGGACAUGUAUGGGAAAUGCAAUGAUUUAGAUUCCGCGAGAGCUUUGUUCGAGAAGAUGUCUGACAAAUGUAUAGUUUCCUGGAAUACCAUGAUUUGUGCAUAUGCUCAAAAUGGUUACUUCGACGAGGCAAUGCUUGUAUUUAAGCAAAUGCUCAAGGAAAGCUUUAGCGCCAAUUCAGUUACAAUUGUGAGCCUUUUAUCAGCUAAUUAUUCUCCGAUGGAUUCUACUCACUCUUAUGUCAUUAAAACUGGUCUUGAUAUGGAUUCCUCUGUAACUACUUCCCUUAUUUGCAUGUAUUCUAGGUGUGGAAAAAUGGAAUUGGCAGGAUUGCUUUAUAUGUUGAUGCCUGGGAAAAACUUGGUUUCACUAACACCAAUCAUCUCUAGUUAUGCAGAGAAAGGAGAUGUGGCUUCUGCGGUGAAGUGCUUUAAUGAAAUACGAUUAUUAGAUUUGAAACCAGAUGCAGUGGUUAUGGUCAGCAUACUUCAUGGUUUUAAGAGCCCUAAUUGUGUUGGCCCUGCAAUCAGUUUUCAUGGGUAUGGUAUUAAAAGUGGAUUGACUACUGAUACAUUGGUGGUUAAUGGGCUCAUUAGUCUGUACACCAAGCUCGACAACAUAGAAGCUGUUUUCUCUUUGUUUCGAGAUUUGCAAGAAAGGACAUUGAUUAGUUGGAACUCUAUGAUUUCUAGUUGUGUGCAACUUGGAAGAUGGAAUAAUGCCGUGAACCUGUUUUGCCAGAUGAAGAUUGAUGGAUGCAACCCGGACCCAACUACUAUUGUAAGCUUACUCUCAGGAUGUUUGCAGAUUGGGUCGUUGCACACUGGAAGAGGAAUACAUGGCUACAUUCUUAGACACCAUUUGGAAAUGGAAGACUUUGUUCUUACUGCUCUUAUAGACAUGUAUGCAAAAUGUGGAAGCAUCGGAUAUGCAGAAAAGUUGUUUUGGUGCAUCAAAGGGCCAUGUUUGGCAACCUGGAACGCUAUGAUCAUGGGAUAUGGUACGUCUGGUUUUGAGUUUGAAGCUCUCCAGCUCUACUCAGAGAUGGUAAAACAAGGCCAAGAACCUGAUGAGAUCACUUUCUUAGGAGUCUUAUCUUCUUGUAGCCAUGGAUGUCUCAUUCAAGAAGGGAGAAGAUACUUCCGGAUCAUGAGGGAGGAAUUUGGUAUAAUUCCAGGAGUGCAACAUUGUGCGUCCAUGGUUGAUCUCCUCAGCCGAUCAGGUUUUCUGGAUGAAGCUGUGAUGUUUAUCAGAAACAUGGAAGUUGAACCUGAUUCUGUUGUCUGGUUAGCGCUUCUCAGUGGUUGCUGUACCUACCGCGACGUCAAGCUUGCGGAAUGCGUCGCAAAACAGAUUUUGUUUUUGGGCCAUCAUAACUGUGGUGGGUUCUACGUUUUGAUGUCAAAUCUUUAUGCAUCCACAGACAGAUGGAAUGACGUAGCCAGGAUGAGAAAAAUGAUAAAAGAUAAUGGAGAGGAUGGUUUUUCAGGAACUAGCAUAAUUGAAUCAGAUGCCUUUAAACUCUCUCAAGAAUGUCUCUCAACUGAACAGUGAGUAACAAUGAACUUCAGAAUUCGGAUCAAAGAAAUACACCCUACCCUCUAUCUCUCUCUUUAAAUGGGAAAUGGAGUUCGGCUUCAUAUGUUUUCUCGAGACGACGUGCAUGGGCAAGGAAAAUUAUUAUUUAUCGACUAAGCAAUCAUCUCCACAUAAUUUUUAAAUUAUGCAACUAAGGUAUGUGGUCUCCUGGAAUGCUUUGUUAACUGGAUACCAUUACAGUAACUUACAGAGGGAGGCCAUGAUCCUGUUUCACCAUAUGAAGUUGGAGUAUCAGAGUGUUUUAUGACUUUGCUGACUAUAUGAUCCCCGUGGAAGGACCAAUCGCAAUUUACCACAUUUUCCCGAAAUGCUUCGAGUGGGAAUGCAACCAGCUCAUGUUACAGUGAAAUUAUUCUCAGCAUAUGCUCAACUAAAGAGCAUGGAGCUCAGUGAUGCAAGGAUUUUGAGAGUGAUCUGCUUGUCAAUUAUACUCUCAUAGACUUGUAUGCCAGAACAUCUAUGUAAGUUUGAGAACUCAUGAUCAGGGUAUUGGCUGUUGGGUCUGGAAAAUCAUGAAAGAGUAGUUUGGUCAAUCUGAAUAAGAGGUUCACUUAUUUUACCAAGGAGCCUCUGUAUGCUGCAUAAGUUUUUGUAUAUGUUUUCACGAGCAAAUGAUUGGUGGUGGCUAUGCGUGGCAGCCUGGUUUGGAUGACAGAUUUUUCAUGGGAUAUUAUAUUUAGAAACGGGGAGAACUGCAAGG